AUGAAACCAGAUUACCAAGUCAUCUGUGAGGUGCUGCCAAUAGCUAUUGUCAUUGUUCUGGUGAACAGCCUUGUUUUUUACUUAUUUGCCAAAUGUAAAAGUCUUCGUACUCCAACCAACUGCCUUCUCCUAAGUUUGAGCUUGUGCGACUUCAUGACCGGCUUCAUAGCCAUCCCUUUGUUCCUAACUUUGGUGAUGCGCGUAAUGAAGCCUCCAGCUUCUGUCAACUUCGGCUUUUUCGUCCUUAUUUUCAACAAUGUACUGGUUAUUUCAGCUUCUUAUCAUAUCCUCGCCAUCACGCUUGAACGGUAUUUCUUAAUCGUGAAACCUUUUACUCAUCGUCGGUUGACCAAGAAAUCCAUGUUCAAAGUUGCGCUGGCGGUUUGGUUUGUUUCAGCAGUCAUUGCUUCCAUGCCGUACGCUUGGUUUUCGAAGAAGCUAACAGAUCGUUACAAGAAGAUUCAAUUUGGUUAUGUCACGUUUUGUUUGACUUUUGUAUUCUUGGUUCCCUGCAUCUUAAUCAUGGUAUCCCAAUUUGCCAUGUUCAGGACCAUAGCAAAACGCGGCAGGUGCGCUUUGCCUGUAAGAGGAGGAACCAACCAGAGAAAUGUAAGACAGGAAAAAAAGUGCCUCAUAGUUUUUGCCUUGAUGGCAUUUAUGUAUGCAGCCUGUUGGCUUCCCUGGUUUGUUUUAUCUCUUUGGUUUUCGUUUUGGUUUCCUCUCAGUGAUGAAACCUUCGCCGUUUUGGACUAUUUGUCCAAAGUAUUUGCCAUUUUUAGGUUUGUAACAUCAGCCGCAAAUCCGGUGCUGUACACGUUUUUCAAAAGAGAUUUUCUUGAUGCCUUUAAAAAGCUUGUUCUUAAGAAAGAGCUCCCGACUGUUUUUAACUAUACUUUUAAACAUAUAAAUCAAACGAAAACCUUAAUUUGUAAGCUAGACGCUUAUUUAGACCGUACAGAGGAGCUUGAAUAUGAAACAGUGUUGUGACAACAAAGUCAUGUCUAGUGGAGUACCAUUACUUAGUAAAUAUUCCCAGAAAACCCUCAGGUCAUCGUUUAUGGCUUGUGAUUUUCAAGUGACAACCUUUGUCCACGUGAAAGUCAUUUUCGUCGCGUGUUUUAAAUCAACUCGUCGGUUUUUUUAACGAAAUCGUCACACAUACAGAAUUUUUUCUUGCGUGUCUGGAUGCUACUAGCGAGCUCGAGCAGCCACGACGACGAGGACGACGACGAAGGAAACGAGAGAAUAAUAAUAAUAAAAAAAACAUUAAGUUUAAUACUCUAAAAGUGCCCACAUUUUUUGGCGUAUUUCUUUUUAAGGCACAUUUGUAAAAAUAUAUCACCAGAAAACGUUCUUAUUUAUUAUUAUUACUCAGGUGAUUUGGAGAUUCGCGCGCUCUGAUUGGUCCAGGACUACGUCAUUUGCCCCAAUAAUCACCUGUAGCGAGGUUGUUAUAGCAACCUCUCAAAACUCUUUACGAGGUUAGGAACUACGCGGAAUAAAAUAAAAGAAAAAUUAUAGACCUUUCUUAUUUUGGGCUAAUGCAUUUGCAUUAUAAUCAUCUCUUAGACUUAAUUUUAAAUAUCAUGGUUGAUGCGAGUGAGCAAAAAUAUUCAAUGUUGCAAGGAUAGUGCUUCAAGUAUUAUCGAGGUACUCUCUUCAGUAACCCUCUCCAAUAAUUAAGGAGCUCUUCCCGGCCAUGGUUUUUUUUUGUCUCGGUAACCGCGAUUAUAAAGCUUUCCGGAGUAAAACAAAAACAAGUUCAACUCCCACGUUGUCGGUUUUUUUCUGAGGAUUCCAAGCCGAGAGAUAAUCCAUUAUUAAUUGCCAUGAGUUUACUUUAUUGUCAGAUGACACAGCAUUCUUUAUAUCUUUAUUUUGAAGCUCGCACCUGAAUUCAAAAAUUUCUGUCGUUUUGUUUCCUUAGACCAGAAACUAUUUCUUGUUUUCUUUACAAUUACUAUUUCUUUCUUCCCCCAAAUGUAUACCCCUACGGUGGACAAGUAUGCCGAUGGACUAGUAUCCCACCCAACAGCCGGGGAACAGAUUAAGCAAGGCAAGCAAGGGUAUUGAUGAAUUUUCCUAUUUUGGCCGGAAGCAUGUUUUCAAACUAAGAGAGAAAAGGCAUUUUAAAAAUUUUCUACGCAUUUGUUUUGUUUUCUACCAAUAACUUGACAGAACCAACCUUUAAAAUUUUCCCUCGACAUAGGCUAGCAUAGCGUUUACACGAUCAAGGUCUCUGCUGUGUCAUUUUGAGAUAAAGAUAACGCUGUUGUUAACGAACUUUCUUUGGUGAAUUUUGUAGUGCGUGAUCCGAUACAUGAUCAAGGCUUCCCAGAAUGUGUUUUAGCUUGCAUCUACGUUUGAGAAGAAGCCCUCAGUCAAGAAAUGAAUAACAAUAACAAUAAUAAUAACAAUUUACGUCUUCUAUAAGCUGUAAGUUCUAAUACCAAAGAGUGUGAUACCCGCAACAAAUCAUAACAACAAUAUUAAAAAUCUAUGGCCCAGGUCUGAUCAAAGUGGCCUAACAUAUUGGUAUAAAGGACGUAACCACUCAAGGGACUUCAAAUAUGCUUAGCAUGUUACGUCUUUUGCCAGUAUUAAAAAUAAUCCAAUUUACAAUAUAAGCUAAUGAGCGGCUUAAAGUGCGACAAACACUCGAGGAUGUUGAAAUCAAAUAACGAUUGAAGUCAAUAACAAUUGCUAUAGAGCUACAAUCACGCUGUUUUAAGGUGACGUAGUUUUCUUUUGAUUUGAGGUGAGAGAAUCCUUGUCUUUUCAUCCUGGUCUGAUUAAGGGUAUGAAUUUUUAUGUCAGAAAACAAUAUAGGGAAACUGUUCAAGGAGAUGCCGCAAGCCAACCCCCACCCCACCCCCCUUCCCGAGAUUUACGCUUCACUGUAAGAUGAUAAAUUUCUCAAUGCUUUUACUUAUCAACGAGAUUUUAAAAAGGUAUAAUGACCUUUUCAAAUUACAGUCUGGGUUGUCAUCGUCUAUAAGAGGAAGAAAAACUUUGCGGUUUUUGGGUGUUGUAAACAACUGAAGAGCCCAACGCAGUUCAGACUGGGACACGACCUGACUGAUUUCACAUCGAUUAGAAUUCGACUCCUUCAUAUGCAAGAUACUUAUACACCAAGCUACUGAACAUGGCAGACGACAAUUCCACCAGCGUUAACUCUACCAACUCCACUUCGGAUUACCGUAUAAUUGCUGAAGUUCUACCUCUCGCCGUGCUCAUUGCGUUAGUGAACAGUGUCGUGUUUUACUUAUUCAUUAAGGAAAAACGCCUCAGGAAACAACCAACAAAUCACUUGCUUCUAAGUCUUGCAGUUUGUGAUCUUAUGAACGGAAUACUCAACAUUCCCAUUUUUUUGAUACGCACAUUUUCUUCACCGGGAAAGAUAUCUUUGGGAUUUUUCGUGGUUGUGUUACAUAACAUGGUUCUUGUUUUAGUCGUUUAUCACAUCUUAACAAUAACUUUAGACAGAUACUAUGCGAUUACUCGACCUUUUCGCCAUCGCCAAGUAACAAAAAAAUCAACUUUGAAGAUAAUUCUUGGUACAUGGAUGGUUGGUAUUUUGAUCGCUUUCUUACCUCUCACGUGGUGGUGGGAAUUCCUCUCCUCUGGCGGCGCCAUUUUAGACAACACGACCUUAAAAAUUCAGGCCGGUUACACAGUUGUCUGCCUCAUUUUAGUGUUUCUUUUCCCUUAUAUCAGCAUUACAUAUUUACAAGUUGCUAUUUUUAGAAAGAUAAAUCAAGGGGUAUAUAACCUGGCUAUAGCUGAUGGAAAAUUCGACCACAGAAACUCGUUCAUUCAUGGCGGGAACGUACACAAUAUGAGAAGAUGUCUAAUAAUUUUUACUGUGAUGGCGUUGGUCAAUCUCGUCUGUUGGUUUCCUUGGUACACACUCAGUAUUAUUAACAGUCUCUGGUUCUCUAUCAGUGAAGAAAUGAGAACGGCUCUCAUGCAGUGUUCGCAUGCGUUUCUCAUCAUUAGAUAUCUGACGUCAAUCGCUAAUCCUGUUCUUUACAUUUUAUUCAAAAGAGACUUCCAGAAAGCCUUAAAAACAUUUUUAUUAGGCCGUAGGACGCAGCUUGAUUCUCGCUCAUCUACCCGACCGAUCUCAAUAAUACAUCACAAUAAAUCAGUUGCCACUAUCACCUUGCCCGAUAACAAAGGAGCAGAAAGCAUUUGA